AUGGGGCGCGAGGGAGGGGCGGGGGGUGCCCUCGGCGGGUGGGUCUCGGCGCUGGGCGCCGCGGCGGCCGCUCAGUUCGCCCGCGACCCGCUGCCGCACGCCCUCCCGCCGCUGCCGUCGCAGCGUGCGCCGCACUGCCCCUCACAGCCGCGGCGGGUCUUCGCGGCCGCUGGUGCGGGAGGCGGGGCCGCGGCGGCGGGGGAAGGCGUGGCCGGGGCCACACGCGCCGCUGCCGCGGCGAGGGGGGGCGCCCCACCGGCGCCGGCCCCACCGGCCCCCGCCGCCCCCGCGCUGUCGGAGGUGAAGGCGCAGAUGCUUGACGUCACCGAGAGGCUGCGGCGGGCGCAAAGGCUGCGGGACGACCUAGUGCUGCAGGAGGACGAGGAGCACGACGCGGCGGCGGCCAUUCUCGAGUGCGAACGCGCCGUUGCCGAGCUGGAGGCGCAAUUCCUCCGCCUGCGACAAUUGCAGGCGACCUUGCUUCGGCGCCCCCCGCCGAGUGCUGGCAGCAGCCCCGUUUCCCCUGCGGCGGGGCGGGUGUCAUGUGCCGCCGCUUCCUCCGCUGCGGCUGCUGCCUCCGUGCGGGCGACGGCGGAGGUGCCCACAACACCGCUGGGGGCUGCCUCUGCUGGCUUCGGCUGUGGAAGUGCGGCAGCGUCCGUUUUCGAGCGGGGCGGUGGCGCGGUUGACGGGGCCAGCUCCGCCCCCGAUGCCGCGGAUGCGGGGGGGCAGCGUCCUGGGCGGAUUGCGGGGGAAGGAGAGGGGCGGCGCACAGAUGUCAUGCCCCUCCCCGAACUGCGGGAGGAGACGCCGCACGAGCCGCGGCUCCACGCGGGCAGCGCGCGUGAUCGAUUCAGUUGGGAGACAUACUGGCAGGAGGCAUCCCACCCGCUGCAGCGGGGCAGCUCCCCUGCCAGUGCGCCCGUCCAGCUGCCGGUGAACCCUGUUGACCGCUACAGGGGAGAGGAUUUCGUCUGGUCGGCGGAUUUGCGACGGACCAUGAUCGAGGUGUUUGGUCUGCACCAGUACCGUUUCCUGCAGCUGGAGAUCAUGAAUGCGUGCAUGGAUGGUCGCGAUGCGUUUGUGCUGCUGCCAACCGGCGGGGGCAAGUCGCUCUGCUACCAACUCCCCGCGCUGAUGCCAAACCCGGCGCAGGUGACCAUCGUCAUCUCCCCCCUCAUCUCCCUCAUCCAGGACCAGGUGUACGCCCUCAUCGCAAACGACAUUCCCGCAAUAGCGCUGACGGGACAGACGUCGGACGCACCACGGCGGGCCCUCUUUGCGGAGUGGGCGUCGGGACGCAUUGUGCACACGCUAGUGUACGUCACCCCGGAGUACUUUGGGCGGAGCGACCACUUUGUGCAGUGUCUCGUGCACCUCGCCCACCGCCGCCUGUUGAGCCGCUUCGUCGUGGACGAGGCCCACUGCGUCUCGCAGUGGGGGCAUGACUUCCGCCCCGACUACCGCAAGCUGGCCAUACUGAAGCAGCAAUUCCCCGUGACCCCCAUAUCUGCCCUCACAGCGACGGCGACGGACCUGGUGCAGCAGGACGUUAUCAGAACGCUGAGGCUGCAGGAUGCGCUGGUCUUCAAGGGCUCCUUCAACCGCCCGAAUCUUUCCUACUCCGUGCAGAAGGUGGGGCGUUCCGUGGGUUCGGUUGUGGUGGACCUCGUCAAGCACCGCUUUCCCCCGCGGUCCUGCGGCAUUGUGUACUGCCUCUCGCGCAAAGACUGCGAGAAGAUGGCAGCGGAGCUGGUUGGGGCAGGGAUACGCGCUUCGUACUACCACGCCGAGGCAAGCGGGAAGAAUGAGAAGCAGGAGCGGUGGACGAAGGAUGAGCUGCAGGUCAUAUGCGCCACGAUUGCCUUUGGGAUGGGGAUCAACAAGCCGGAUGUGCGUUUUGUCAUCCAUGCGGCGAUGCCGAAGUCGAUUGAGGGGUACUACCAGGAGAGCGGGCGCGCGGGGCGUGACGGACUGCCCUCUGCGUGCAUUCUACUGUGCUCGCCGAGCGACAAGCAGCGGCACGAGCAGCUGAUAUACGGCAGCAAAGACUGGAAGGCCUCCAUGGCCUCUCUCUAUCGCAUGGCGGCGUACACCAUGAAUGAUGUGCACUGCCGCCGGAUGCAGCAACUUGGGUACUUUGGGGAGGCGAUGGACGAGCACUACUGCCUGACGCAGCCUGAGGGGGCUGUGGCGGCGUGCGACAACUGUGCGAGUAAGCGGAGUGGGCGUUGGGAGGCAGAGAAGCUGGACGUCUCUGCGGUUGUGGUCGACCUGUUCAACGUCGUGCUGCACCUCGGCUCGCUCACGUCGAAGCAGCUGAUCGGCGUCUACCGCGGCACGGCGGACGUCGGCAAAGUCGUUGAGCUCCGCAUGCGGCAAAAGGGUGUGCCGCCAGAGUACAAGAUGGGCGCGCGUCACAGCAAAUUUCUUCUGGAGCGUGUCGUGCUUGAGGCGCUUCUUCUUGGAAUUUUCAGGGAGCGGCUGGAACGCGUGACGGAGUUCGUCACCUGCGCGUACAUUGAGACGGGCGAGGGCGAGGGGGCAAAGGCCCUCCGCGACGUGCAGGGCGGCAGGUGCCGCGUCGUGCUCCCGGUGCGCGGGGAGAGGCGCGCCGCGGCGGCGCCGCCGGAGGCGCGUCGACCCGCCGACCCCGUCGACGCCGCAUCUGCCGCAGCGCCCACCGUUGGGAGGCAACGCGGCGCGGCGGCGGCACUUUCCACGGCGAACCCGGGGGAGUCCGCGCAAAGGCGGAAACGGCGGCGCGCGGGGCGUGCGCGUUCGGCGUCGGCGUCCGCCUCGUCCUCCGGCGUCUCCGCCGCGGGCGACGGCUCCCUCGCGGACUUUGUGGCGGAGGGGUCGCCCGCCACCUCCCUGUCUUCGUGCCCCCCGCCGUGCAGGAAGCGGCGCCGCCGCGCCCACCAUCCAUCGCCCCCGUGCGCCGCGGGGGAAAGCGAGGCGGGACUGGCGGGGAGCAGCCCCACGGCGCCGUUGCUCUCGGCCGAGACGCCGCGGAAGGCGGCGGCCCCAGUUUCCGCGGCGCGGCUGCGGCAACUCGAGGCGGAGCUCCUUGUCCGGAUGGAGGCGCUCGUGCAAUCCCUCGCCGAGCGCUCAGAGGGGGGGCGGCAGUACAACGUCCUGCCAAGGAAGACGAUGCAGGUGCUGGUGGCGACGCUGGCGGAGCCCGGCUGGGGCUCCGUGUCGCAGCUGGGCGACCUAGAGGGGCUCGGUAAGAGCAAGGUGCGGAAGUUUGGCGCGGACAUACUGCGGCUGUACCGACAGUUCCGGCACGAGCACAUUGGGGAUGUGGGCGAGCUCACGCUGGUGGAGGAGGAGAUGCUCCGGCAGACGACGACGGCGGUCGCCAGCCGCCAUCGCCUCCCGCGCGGGGACACGCACGCCGGACAGCUCAUCGACGACGAGGGGACUCCGCUGAGGGCACGCGGCCCCAGUGCCCCCGCGCCCCCGCAAGGGACCCGGCUGCUGUUGGACUCCGACGGUACGCCGCAGAAGCCGGCGCGUCCAGCGGCGACGGCCACCGCGGCGGCAGCAGCAACAGAAGGCGCUGCAAAGUUGGCUGGGGCCGCACCGGUGGCAACUGCGGCGGCGGUCCCCGCGCUGCCGAAGAAGACGUUGUUUAAAAUGCCGGGUGGGACCCCCGGCGGGGGCGGACCACCGCCAGCGCCAGGGCGCCACCAGCUGGAGCCGUCGCCGCCGCGUCUCGCGCAAAUAUUCACUGUGCCCGAGAGCCCGCUGCCGCGGCGCGGCGCCUGCACCGCGUACGACCCAACGGCGUCCCUCCCGCCAGCCGCUCUCACGCCGUCGAGGCGGGUGCCGAUGCCGCAGCACACCGUGGAUUCCUUGGUGCUCUUCCCUGCCCCCCAGCAGCAACAGCAACAGCGGCUGACGCGGCCACCCGUUGGGCAGGAGGUGCUUGGGGCAACCCAGUUUUCUUCUCCCGCGGAGCCAGUGCUCCUUGCGCAGCGCCCGGCGCUGGAACCGAUGGGCGUUGAUUAUUUGAUGCAGAUGUGCGAUGAGUCUAUCGCGCGCACGCCGCUGCGGCCGGCCGUUGGUGCCAAUUUGAGUGCAGUUGGCCAGCGCCACGUCGACAGUGCUGGGGGCGCGGAGUUCAUCACAGUGGACUCAGGAGACGACGAGUAG